AUCUCUCAAACUUUCUUCCCCAAGAUAUUUCACUCCUUCUCAGCAGUCAAAUUAUUUCCUUUCAACCCCCAACACAUUAUUAUAAAAAAUAUUAAACUUUUGCCAUUCUCGCUUUCGCAGCCAGCCCCUUCUCUCUUUUUCAACCUCUCUGUUCAUAAAUUUGAACUUCGUUUUCUCAUUUUCGUUUCGUUUCUUUAUGAUUUGAUCUUUCGUGGCAGGUCGUCACACAAAAGAAACAAUGGACGGAGAAGGAGGCGGAGGAGGAGGUUCCACUGCCGGAUCUUCUUGCUACUACUCGGUUCUUGGCCUCCGCAAGGAUGCAUCCUUCUCUGAUAUUCGCUCCGCCUAUCGCAAGCUCGCCAUGAAAUGGCAUCCGGACAGGUUUGCGAAGAAUCCUGGGGUGGCGUCGGAAGCGAAACGGCGGUUUCAGCGAAUCCAGGAGGCUUACUCCGUCCUUUCCGAUGAGACUAAACGGUCAAUGUAUGAUGCCGGGCUGUACGAAGAUGAAGACGAAGACUUCUAUGAUUUCAUGCAAGAGAUGAUCUCCAUGAUGAACAGUGUAAAAGACGAGGGAGAUAGCUUUGAGGACCUUCAAAGGAUGUUCGUGGAGAUGGUGGAAGGAGACAGUAUGAGCUUCGAGUUCAAAGUGGAUCAAGCGGACAUCAAGAGGCCACGUGUCAAUGCAUCAAACGGUAAGCGCAGCAGUUCUAGAUAUUGAUGCGAUGUAGUGGAUCCCAUAAGAUUUUGUCUGUAAUUGUCCCCUAAUUUAAGAAAUGUAAUUGAAUUGAUUGUGGACAUCAAAUCAGUAAAAGCCUUUAGGGCUUGAGAUUUGAAAGCUUUUGUGGGGAUGUGGUUGUGACAUUUUAUAGUUGCUUUAUAGAAAUAAUCUAGACCUACUAAUGUAUUUUCUUACUAAUCUUUUAGCCUCGACUUUCAUUGUUGUAUUCUUCUGUGGAAGGAACUCAUUGUCGAGUAGACAUGUGUACUUCAAAGUGUAACUCUUGGAAUAGUAUGCUUGACCAUUCUUAUUAUUA